AUGGAGAGGAAACGCUUGAAAAAAGAGAUAGGAAAGCUUUUGGGAGAGUACGUUGGCAUCAGACUUCGGGAAAAUGCAUUUGAUCCACAGGGAAAGAAGCAGACAAGCUUCCUAGAUGACUUGGCUCACUAUGACUUGGCCGUCAACAUCGCUUUACCUUGGCUCAAUGAUUCAGAAGCCCAGAUGUCUUUUGGAAAAGAAAAAACGAAAUUGCCGCUAUGUCACAAAGUUCUCUCUCUCAACCAAACUGAAAGAGAAGCUCUGAUUUUAUCAUCUUAUCCUGGGAUGCUCAUGAACAGCAUUCCCGUUGAAGAUGUCCUUGGGAUUUAUGAGGCAGGUCCUACAGCUUCCCACUGUCGGAACUCCCCAAAAGGCUGCUUGUUCCAUCCUCGUAACCUCUCGCUGCAUCCUUUUGCCAUGCUGACAGCCCCCAACGCUGUGGAACAUGCCUGGAAACAGGGUAUCAAGGCCCACAGAGCUUCUGCAAACCGAAAUCCCUCCAGUAGUUCAACAAAAAGAACAGGCACCAAUGAUUAA